AUGGCUCCCCCGCCAAAGCGAAAGCGACCUGACCGCACUUACUCACAGGAUGACGACCGCACCGGCCGCCCGUCGCCGCAUCGCCCGCAGAACAUGGGACUCGCGCAUAACCAGCAGCAAACCAACAGUCCACGCGGCGGCGGCGGAGCUGGUAGGCGGCCUAGCAGAAACAAUGGCCGCGGCGGCUCUAGCGUGCCCCAUAGUCCCAACGUCUCGCAUGCAUCGCCGCCUGCCAUGUCGCCCACCAGCAAUACUUCCUUCACAUCAGCCAGGCCGCCUCAGCCGACACCGUCCACCCCUGUGCGCCCUGCCGCCCCUGCGCAGCCCUCGAGACCCACGACGCCGCGCCAGGUACCUGAGAGUAAUGAGUACCUGACACCAGACCGGGUCGCUCAUUGGAAUGGCGAGGCACGCGACGCUGUGGUGCAGGCUGCUUUGGCUGCCCAGCGCGAGGGCAACGUACUCACCCUGUCAGUCAUAUUCCACGAAAUCAUCGAGGCAUCCAUAAACCAUGUCCUGGAUGCUGGCGAGUUGGGCUCCAUGGUGCGGGACAUUGUAUCGGUACCGAGCGACGACGACGACGACAUUGACUCAACAUCGACUUUCCUCGAUACGUUGAGUUCGCUCACGAACGAUGAGAGCAAGCAGGCGUCUGUACGGCAGAUGCUUGUUGCCACCAACAUCGACGUUUCACGCAUGCGCUCCGAGCUCGAGAACGACCUCUUGAAGUCGCUGGGUCUGGUUCGCGAUAGUUUUGGCAAGAUGGCUGUUCGCAAAGCCACCCACGCACUGUACCGGCAAUCCAACUACAACCUCCUGCGCGAAGAGACCGAGGGCUACUCGAAGUUAAUGACCGAAUACUUCACCACCGUGAACAGCGAACCACCAAACCAGGAAGUCGUGAGCGAGACCUACCAACGGGUAAACGCUCUCAUUGGUGCCUUCGACUUGGAUAUCGGACGAGUCCUCGAUGUGACACUCGAUGUGUUUGCCAAUCUUCUAGUCAAGCACGGCAGAUUCUUUGUCAAGUUGUUACGGACAAGCGCAUGGUGGCCCGAGCUACGCGGUUUCGACAAUAUCGAAUGGGAGGAACCCGAAGUUCCCACGCUUCCUCGCUGGGCUGAGCCGGGGUCCAAGCUCUGGUAUUACUCAGACGAAGAGAAGGAAGAGCAGCUACGACUACGCGAAUCCCGAGACCGAAAGUUCUGGCAACGUGUGGGCGAGUUGGGCGAUCGGGCAGGCGUUCAGGCAUUCUUUGAACUUGGUGCACGCCGUGUUACUUCGAACAACCGACAGCCGGACCCGACACUACUAGCAGAAGGUGCAUCGCUCUCCAAGCAGCAGGCGGCUCGAAAAUGGGCCGACGAAUGGAUGGCGCAAACCAAGACUCUUCCUCCCUCUGGAAACGACAUUGCAGCGCAACUUCUUGGCUUCAAGCUUCGUUUCUAUGCUUCUGACGUCCGCGAUGCGUCAGAUGUUCUCCCCGAGAACCUCAUGUACCUGAUCGCGCUCUUGAUCAAGAUUGGAUUCAUUUCCAUUCUUGACCUAUACCCACAUCUAUACCCAUUGGAAGAGGAUAUGGCUGCGCACAAGGAGAAGCUUCUGAAGGCUAAGAAGGAAAGGGAGGACAAGGAACGUGGUGCGGUUUCUAAUGCGUUGACUAUGGCUGGCGCAUUACCUGAUGAUACACCUGGACAACCUACCGUUUCCCGUCUGAGGGAUACCGAAAGCAAAUCAAAACCGGAUACUGGAAGAAAUACGCCUGUAAACCCCGAUGAGCCUGUGGAAAAGAAGAAAGACCUACCCGAGCCAACAGAUCAGAAGUACACUCUUCUGAAAAGUCUGCUGUGUAUUGGCGCACUGCCGGAAGCAUUAUUCAUCCUUGGACGCCAUGCCUGGUUCCUGGAAGUAUACCCUGAGCUCCAAGGCCUCAUCUUCCGUUUGGCUCACCACUCCGUGGGCAAGAUGUACGAAGCAUCAAAGCCUACGCCGUUUGAAGAGCCCACUAUUUCUAUCAAAGGAUCGAGUGUACGUGGCCCUCAGAGGCCCAGCGACUUCAUUCCGCGACGGACUCUUCGAUGGGCCAAGCCUGACCAGAAGGAUUCUGAUGGAGGUGUUGAUUACAAGUUCUAUUGGGAAGACUGGGUUGACAAUGUCCCUGUGUGCCAGGAAGUAGACGACGUGAUCAAGCUUUGUACCAGUCUUCUAGGCUUGGUCGGAGCCGAGUGCGGCAGGGAUACUGUGCUCCUAACAAAGAUUAUACGCAUUGGCAAGCGAAAUCUAGCCGAUGACCCCUCAGAAGAGAACCGGAAACGAUGGAUCAACUUUUCAGCCACCUUUAUCGCGCCUGCGGUAUCCUUCACCGGCAGGAACCCCGGAAUAAUCAAUGAGGUGUGGGACCUCUUCAAACAUUUCGACACCGCCACUCGAUACACCAUUUACCAACAAUGGUUCAAUGGGAUGCUUAAGCCAGCCAGCAAGAGGGCUUUCGAACAAGUCCGCGAUGAGACCAAAAAGACAAUGAGCCGUAUUUCUGCUACCAACACGAAGGAGUAUGGACGUAAAAUUGCCAAAAUUUCGUACGCCAGCCCUGGAUGGGUCUUCAAGACAACGGUCAAGCAAUUAGUCAACUACCCCAAUAUGAUUACCGCUUUGGUAGAGUGCAGCCGAUAUCUCACCUUGCUCGGAUACGAUGUCUUAACCUGGACCUUGGUUACAUACCUUCUCAGCCCCGAUAAAGGCUCGCAUCAGGACGACGGCAUGCUAUCUGCCCCUUGGCUCAAGAACAUUGCUACCUUUGUCGGCAAAGCUUACGCAAAGUACCAUUUGAUGGAUCCCCUCCCAAUACUGCAACUCACCAUGCGUCAACUCUUAAUUGCAGAAGGUGAGCUCUACAUGUUGGAUGUGCUUGAGCAGAUGGUCAAGUCUAUGGGUGGAAUCAGCCUCAGCGGAUCCGUCUCUGAGGCGAUGACCCUAGCCCUCUGUGCUGGACCAGCGCUUCGAUCCUUUAUUUUGCAGCAUCGCUUAGCGGAUUAUCGACACUUGUCCGGUUCUUCUGCGCGACGUCUGAUUAGGUGCCUGAAAGAGACAGGUUUGGGGCCGCAGAUUCUUAUUGCACUUGCGCAGCACGUGGAGGCUUACGUUCACCGUGUCGAUCAGCAAGAGGUUCCCGACAAGCCGGUUCUCUUUAACGUUGACAAGCUCCGUUCCACUCUCCUUCAGUAUCUGGAGCUCCUCCGAGCAUAUAUUACCGUGGAUGACUUCGAUACCAUCUUCCCGUCUCUUAUCGAGAUGAUGUCUGAUUUCAACAUCGAGCCAGAUGUCGCCUUCACCAUUGCUCGUGCAAGUAUUGCGGCCAAGGCUAAUGAGUUCCGAACUGAUCAACGCGCGAAACUCAUUGCCAACACACAGUCAAAUGGUGAUACUUCUAUGUCAGGCAUCGAAGAGGAGUCACCUACAAACGGCGCCAAAGCCGAAGUAGCAGCUACCGAGACAGCAAAGACGAGCGAAGAUGUCGAAAUGGCAGAUACUGAUCCAUCUGCCGUCUCGGAGAAGCCUUCAUUACCUGAAGUUCCAAACGCAGAAAUUGAGCGCUUAGCAACCCAGCUCCAAGAAAGAUUACCCGGUAAGUUUGGAAAUCACCCCUGUCUGUCAUACUACGUCACCUUUUGGCAACUCUCCCUGCCAGAUGUCGACAUUGGAGGAAUCGAUCAACAGUACCAAGAAACGAUUGAGUACUUCGAGCGGCAGUUGCCUGCCCCAGUCCCUGAUCGUCGUAACUAUCGAUCCAACGUCCCGAAGGCGGAGACUGAUGCCGCACGACGGGCAAAGCAUGAAAUUCCUAAACUCAAGGAAGAAAGAAAAAACGUUACACAAGCCAACGCCGCGACACAAGAUAGCCUCAGGGCUGAGCUCAAAGGAUGGUUUGCCGGUGUAGCAAUGAUUGGCCCACAGUGUGAUGCGUUGCACAAUGCUUUGCUUCAAGACUGCUUCAUUCCACGUAGCCGCAUAUCAUUGGAAGAUGCACAAUAUGCCUCGUCAAUGCUCAUGUUUAUGCAUAGUUCAGGCGUUCCUGGAUUCCGCAUGAGUAGACUGUUGGACGUCCUCUUCUCUAUUAACAGACUUACAUGUAUCAUCAGCAUGUAUACCGAAGCAGAGUCGUUAUCCUUUGGUCGAUUCCUUAGUGACAUACUUCGUGAGCUACAAGUUUGGCACGAGAACAAGGACAAUGCGUACGCCAGGAACGCACAAGGACCAGAAAAGAACCUCCCUGGUUUUGGAAGGAGUUAUGAUGCCAAUGGGAACGCCACGAGUUUCUUUACGUACGAUCAGUUUUGCAUGUUGUUGUUCAAAUGGCACAGGUCGCUUACUACUGCGCUGAAGACUUGUCUUGAGACUGGUCGCUACAUGCAGAUGCGCAAUGCUAUCAACGUUUUGCAUGCUCUGGGCAACAACUACCCCAAGGUUCAGAGCUUAGGUGCAGAGCUGAAGCAGACAAUCGAGCAUCUGAGCAAGAAUGAGGAGAGGGGUGAUCUCAAGAAAUCAUUGGAAUCGGUCCUGGGUCCUAUCACAAAGGGUGAGAAGUCAUGGCAGGACGACCAUGUAUUCCGUAAUCUACCUGCACCAACACCUGCUCCCGGAAGUACGACCAAUGCUAGUGACAAGGCUGCAACGGAAAGCAAAAAGUCUUCGCAAACACAGGACACAAAGCUCAAUGCAUCUGCACCUGCUUUCAAGCCAACUCCUGAACAAAACGGAACCCAGCAAACCCCUCUACGAGACAUGGACGACAAUACAUCGAAGCGUAAUGUUUCUACACCUGGAACUCCUGCGCCCUCAAGAGAAAGGGACGCGAUCAAUCCCGCAUCUAGACAUUCUGAGGCUCAGCCAGCUACUCCUCAGCAACAAGAGCUAGUAAUGGGUAGGUCUGCCCCUAAACCCGGUCCUCCAAUGCACCCGUCAUCUGUACCACAAAGACCAGAUGGUAGAAACAUGCCUAUGCAACCCGCUACGGCUGGAAGACCAUCGCAUGCUUUGCCAUCCCGGCCGGACUCACAGCCAUCGAGGGCACGACAAUCAGAACGUCCGGUUAUGGAUCGGCCGCCAGAAGCUGCACAUAGCCGCUACGACAACCGAGGUCCUCCACAAAAUGACUAUGGUCGACUGGACCGUCCCGGAGACGUCGGACGUCACCGUGAGCCAUCUCCUGGUCGUCGUGGGCGAAUGCCUGAUGGUAGAACUCCUGAAAGAAUACCUCCUACGGCCGAACACCGAGAAUGGUCUGGUAGGGAGCGCGACUAUGACGACCGCACUUUACGGGCACCGCUACGGGAUACACGGGCGCCACCAGUUCGACCACCACCCACCUGGGAUGCGCGCGAUACCAGAGACCCGAGAGAUCAACGUGAGCGUUCUGACCCUCGUAUGCACCCUGUACCUCCAGCGAUGGAGAAUCGUCGGAUGCCCUCUUCCACUUCAUUGAACAAUGAAUAUCGACGAGAGGUCCCACCAGCCAAUGUCCCUUACGGUAUGGAGCAAAAUGAAAGGCCUCAACGGCUGCCCCAGGCGCCAAUAUCGGCCAAGGAGGAGCCCACGGUCAAUCCGGCUCGUGCUGCCCUCAUCAAUCAAGUUGAACAUGGCAGACACGACGCACCAAGGCCUGACCGCGACAGUCGUCGGGAGCGUGAUUCUCGUUUGAAUUCUCCUCGUCAUGGCGAUGAUAGGCGCGGGGAAGAUCGUCGAAUGGAGGAGCGCUUGCCUGGCUAUCAUGGACGCAGCGAUAUGCCGCGUGAACAUCGAGACGACCGUUCUCUACCUAUACCACCCAGCAAUCGAGACCGACGGGACGAAAUGGGAUCGGGCGCACCUACAGGGCCGCGCGGCGGACGCAACGAUCCCACCACAUCAUCGCGUGGGACAAGGGACAUGUUUCAACCAAACUCUGGCCCACGAUCCUCAGGGCAUCAGGCCCAAGACCCCAAUUACGGAAGAUUGAACCAACCCUCGGACCCUGGGCCACCAUCAGGACCUCGCAGUGACCGAACGUCAUCACAGUCGCAACCUCCUACACCUACUGCACCUUCUGGUCCUGCAGCGUCACUACCUGCAGGUGUUCACCCUAGUAGACUUGUGAAUAUCGAAGGCAGAGGACCCAAUGGCCCGCCACUGCAGACUAACGUACCAAAUGCUCCAAGCGGUCCGCGAGGUUCCAACAGAGCCUCUCAGGGCCAAAUUCCGUCCUCGCCAAAUGGUUGGGGUCCUCCUACGGGCCCCGCAGCUGGAGACCGGGGGUCAAGAAAUAGUGGAAACCCUUUACGGACUAUCAAUAAUGUCUUGUCAGCGAACACGCCUGCUGAAAGGUCUGGUGAUCGUAAUGUCCCGCCUACCAACCCACCAGUUCGUGGUCGCGGAGCCGCCCGAGCCAAUGGACCGAUAGACGGAUCCGGUGGCACGGCAAGUCCCAUGUUACCACCGCCUCAUGGAUCAAUGCCAAACCAAUACCAGAGAGGUGGUAGAAACGAUGACAGUCAAAGCAGGGUAGAGGGUAUCCCACAGGAAGAGAUUCGCUCAGAGUCUCGUAGCCACAAGGACAGCAGACGGAGUGAAAAGUCAGGACGAGAGCGAUCAACAGAUCGACCCGACCGUCGCUCUGAUGAACGAAGCAGCCGUAGUGGAACUUCGGAUCGCAUAGAAGGCGAGCGUAGCUCUGAGCGUGAGCGUGGAGGACGAGAGAAGCGUGGCGGUGAUAGGGAGAGCAGUCGACGAGAUCGCGAACGAGAAGGCGAGUCAAGGUCAGGACGGGAACCACGUGAGAGCAGCAGGCGUGAGCGAGGCUCCCGCGAUGAGGGACGAACUUCAGGAAGGGACGAACGCGAUAGGCGAAGCCGAGGAAACGGCGGAGGAAGUGGGGGAGACGAUGGUCGCAAGAGAGGCCGCGAUCCCCAGGACCAAGCACACGGUGAUGCAAAGAGGAGGCGAUAG